UCACUCAGUGUCGUGGUCAGGAUGAAAACCUUCGUGCUUCUUGUUGCGCUGUUCGCCGUCGCUAGCGCCGAAUGGAUCGAUAUCGAUUGGUCCAAGGUGCGCCCGAUCGAGGAAUUCGAUCACUACUGGGAACGUCUGCCACCUGAAAUGCAGGUCUACCGCAAGAUGCUACCUACCCAACGUAUCGUCAAUGGACAGGAGGCUAUUCCUGGGCAGUUCCCGUACCAGAUUGCACUGUUGAGCACCUUCGCCGAUGGAACUGGUCUGUGCGGAGGUUCCGUGCUUACCAACAACUUCAUCUUGACCGCUGCCCAUUGCGUCGUCUCUGGUGAUACGAUUCUCGCUUCGGGUGGUACUGCCAUCCUCGGUGUCCAUAACCGAAAUAUACAGGAGCCCACCCAGCAACGCAUUGCUUUCUCGGCCGCCGGCAUCAAUGCUCACCCGGGUUAUACUUUGACCAACAUCCGCAAUGAUAUCGCUAUCGUACGAAUGAAUUCUCUGAUAAUUUACACCGAUCGUAUCCAGCCUACACGCCUACCUGGUCGCUCGGAUACUCGUCAGUUCGGUGGAAUGAUAGGAACCGUAUCUGGAUUCGGACGUACCACGGACACGGGUGCAACUUCACCUGUUCUAAUGUUUUACCACAACCCAGUUAUGACCAAUGCUGACUGUAAUGCACAUUGGAGCACUAACGUGGUUCAGGCCCAGAAUGUGUGCGUGAACACAGACGGUGGUCGUGCAUCAUGUAACGGUGACUCCGGUGGCCCACUAACCGUCCAGGAUGCUGGUAGAAGUCUUCAGAUUGGUAUUGUGUCGUUCGGAGCUGCUUCUGGUUGCUCGGGCCCAAUGCCAAAGGUGUUCGCUCGUGUUACGUUCUUCAUGGACUGGAUCCUGGCCAACUCUGACUACGUUGCUGCUCCUUAA